AUGGAAGAGAUGAGUGACACCGGCGUCGAAAAUGUUCCCUGUCAUCAAUGCUCGGACAUUGAUCUGGACAGAGUCUUUAGGGGUGGCUAUAAAAUGCCACACAAGAUCAUAGAUCUUGGCCCAGUACCUAGAGACCAGCUGAGAAGCCCAUGUCCUCUAUGCCGCUUAGCAGCUGAAGCUAUAUACAGGCCGUUCGGUAAUCCGGAAUUGGCGUCUUUUCAUGAAACAUGUGGAUUUUGCACACCAUCUCGCGAACGUGGAGUAGCAGAGCCAGGCAAUUACCAGUUGGUAGCAGAGGUUGUCAAACCAGAGACAAAAAGAGACAGCAUGGGCCAUGGAAAGAUGGCUAGGUACAAGGACGCAUACUUGAUCACUAACCCAGUACAACAAGAGGCAAAAUUCUCGAAGCUGGAGCCCCAACUUGCUCCCCAGUCAAUGGAUGGGACCAAGUUGGCACCAGGCGAGUUUGUGGCUCUCAAGGUUGCCAAGACUGAAGCUUCCGACUCUGGUUUCAUUGCCUACUACGGUAGCAUAUAUCCAGCGUUUGACUUGGCUGAAGCUAUGGCUCCGGCACGAUCAUUGUCUAUCUCUUCAUUGGACUGGGAUCUCCUGCGCUCCUACCUGAGAGACUGCUAUGACUGUCACAAUGAAUGCUCAUCUCCGGUGCCUCAACUCCAGAUCCAUGGGUUCCACCUCAUAGACUGUCAUUCGAGGCAGUUAGUUCCCGCAGCCCAAGGAGCCGAGUAUGUGGCAUUGAGUUACGUCUGGGGAGCGCCCGAAAAGAAUACCCACAUGGACAUCCCGAAGAUCGGGGGGGAGCUUCUACAGGCACCUUUGGUCAUAGAGGACGCCAUGCAUGCCGUUAGGGAGUUAGGAUACCGCUAUCUAUGGGUAGACAGGUUCUGUAUCCAGCAGAGCGACUCGAAAUCUCUGCGAGAACACCUUGCCAAUAUGCAUUCGAUCUAUCAAGGCGCGUCGUUUACAAUCGUUGCAGCUGCAGGGUCAGACUCGUCCUUUGGUUUACCUGGUGUGUCGUCAAGAGCGCGGGAGCCGCAAGCAGAAGCUACUAUCAAUGGAUGUCUUCUGGUCUCCUCUGUGGAGUCUUUCCCUGGAAUUUUAAGCUGCAAGUGGAAGUCUCGGGCUUGGACAUAUCAAGAAGAACUCUUCUCUAACCGCCAGCUUAUUUUUACGUCCCAUCAAGUGUCAUUCCACUGUCUACAGAGCGAGCAUUGCGAAGUUUACACUUCGCCCGUGAUCACACCUCCCGGAGAGUUGAACCAAACAGUUAACCGGACCUGUUCGAUUUGGGAACAUAUUGAGCAGUACUCUAAACGGGAUUUGACGUAUGACUCUGACUCUCUCAAUGGCUUAAGGGCUACGAUCAAUUUCUUUAUUGAAUCGGCCAAGGAGCCGGUCGGAAGUCUCUGGGGUAUUCCAUUUUCAGAGGCGAUUGCCUCGUUAGACCAUGACGAUCCUUCCAGGAGACCCGCCACGUCAAGUAUGACGGCCAGGCUAUCUAGAGCGAGGUUUGCCUCAGCCUCGGCGGUUUUCGGGUACAGUCUCACCUGGAAGUUUCUUCCGCAUGAGAACCAAAUCUUACGCCGACGGACCGGGUUUCCAACAUGGUCCUGGACAAGCUGCGUCGGUCAGGUCGAGUAUCCUCAGCUCCCGUGGUUCACUUCAGCUCAACCGCUCAUACCUGACCCUGAGUUAGAUAUCGCUGUCCUGGGCCAAGAUGGCUGUUGCAUGCCGAUAUCUGCAUACUUUGACAGCUCUCUUGAGCCUUCACGCUAUUUGCAUGUGAAGGCCUGGUCUGUUCGCGACGCCCUCACAUUCAACCUUGCCGAGGGUAUAGCUUUAUUAGAUCUAGGGGAUACUGAUAACGAGCUCAAGGGCUUCCUUCAACUCGAUUCGAUACCGACCAGCGACCAUGGAGAUGUGUUCGAGAUCCUAUCGCAGAGUCAAAAUAGCCAAAAACGCUGGGAGGCUAUCAUUACGUACGUGUCCCUUGGCGGUGUUCCGUCUGUGUUGAUCUUGGCGAUCGUCGAGGACGCCCAGUAUCCGGACAAGACGGUGCACGAGAGGAUUGGAUGCAUUCGGAACCUGCACCUUAUUUGGAAGCCCAAAGCAAGCAGACGUGCCGCUCGGGCAUUGGGCAAGAAACGCCAGAGCCCCAGGCCGACCAUGAGGUGGGCAGCCGAAAUAAUCGAAGAACAGGAGGAGGAUAAGAGAAUCAGUGACGCAAAGUGGAUCAAUUUCAUGGAAGCGAAUUCACUACGGCAAAGAGAAGCUCAACCAGAAACUCGGCCAAUAACUGAUCUCACCAAGGGAGUCACUGGUGAGGUCGACGGCAGUGAAGAGGCUGCCUUCGUAAAAGACAUGCGCGCGGGGCUUGAAGAAUCCGAACAAUGCCAACAAGGCGCUAUGUCUGAGGAGGCGCAGCGCGAGAAUGUGAUGGGCAAGGUCCAACUAGGCGAGACUGACGAAAAACCUACGUCUUCUAUUUCAGCUGAAGUCGGCGCGGACAACUCAACAAGUGACCACGACGAGACAUCGAAGCCUGAAUCUGUAGCUACGAAGACCGUCGAUGCGCAGGAGAAACAUUUGGACGAGACAGAUGAUGGCGAUACGAGCGACUCCAGCUCAGGCGACUCGUAUGAUAUGGGUGAUGAUUUUGUAAACUCGCUAAUCUUUCAAGGGAGGGAGAAGGCCUGCUUUCCGCGCAUACCUAUGGCUAUCUGUCUUUGCUCCAACUUUGUAUUCAACCUCUUUACGGUGGCUGAGGCUAUAAUGCUAGUGGUAGAAUCGCUUCUCCGGUAG